CACGUGCCGUCUGCUCUGAGCUCCACGGCCCACACUGUCCGAACUCACCUGGGCUCCUGGCAGACUCUUCGCUUGUUUUCCCACAAGCUCUCCCUGACCCUGUUGAAUUCCUUCUCUCUCAGAGCCCCAAAAGGAUGUGAACUUUGGCAUGGGGUCUGUGAGAAGGCUGCGGACUUGGUGCAUGUGUGUGACUGUUGCUGAGUAACAGGAAGACUGGUUCAUCGUUGGCAGCAGCCCUUCUGUCUGGCUGCAGGGCACCAGCCUUGCCUGGGCCCUUCACCAUGUUCCUCCUGCUCCCCUUUGACAGCCUGGUGGUUAAUCUCUUGGGGAUUUCCAUAACUGUCCUCUUCACUCUGCUUCUGGUUUUCAUCAUUGUUCCAGCAAUUUUUGGAGUGUCCUUUGGCAUCCGCAAGGUUUACAUGAAAACUUUAUUAAAGAUUUUUCAGUGGGCGACACUGAGAAUAGAGCGUGGUGCCAAGGAGAAGAACCACCCAUUGUACAAGCCCUAUGCCAAUGGCAUCAUUGCAAAGGAGCCAACAUCACUUGAGGAGGAGAUCAAGCAGAUCCGCCGGAGUGGCAGUGGCAAAGCCCUGGACACCCCUGAGUUUGAGCUCUCAGAUAUCUUCUAUUUCUGCCGCAAAGGCAUCGAGACCAUUAUGGAUGAUGAAGUGACCAAGAGGUUCUCAGCUGAAGAGCUGGAAUCCUGGAACCUGCUCAGCAGGACCAACUACAACUUCCAAUAUAUCAGCCUGCGCCUCACUGUGCUGUGGGGACUUGGUGUGCUCAUCCGCUACUGCUUCCUCCUGCCCCUCAGGAUAGCCCUGGCAUUUACUGGCAUCAGCUUGUUGGUGACUGGUACCACAGUGGUGGGAUAUUUGCCAAAUGGAAGGUGUAAGGAGUUCCUGAGCAAGCAUGUUCACCUGAUGUGUUACCGGAUCUGCGUGCGAGCCCUCACAGCCAUCAUCACCUACCAUGACCGAGAAAACAGACCCCGAAAUGGAGGCAUCUGCGUGGCAAAUCACACCUCUCCCAUUGAUGUGAUCAUCCUUGCCAGUGAUGGCUACUACGCAAUGGUGGGCCAGAUCCACGGAGGGCUCAUGGGUGUGAUUCAGAGAGCCAUGGUGAAAGCUUGCCCCCAUGUCUGGUUCGAGCGCUCCGAGGUCAAAGAUCGUCACCUCGUUGCCAGAAGGCUCACAGAGCAUGUCCAGGACAAGAGCAAACUGCCCAUUCUCAUUUUUCCAGAAGGAACAUGCAUCAACAACACCUCUGUGAUGAUGUUCAAAAAGGGGAGCUUUGAAAUUGGAGCCACGGUUUACCCUGUAGCGAUCAAGUAUGACCCACAGUUUGGAGAUGCCUUUUGGAACAGCAGCAAGUAUGGCAUGGUGACCUACCUCCUCAGGAUGAUGACCAGCUGGGCCAUCGUCUGCAGUGUCUGGUACUUGCCCCCAAUGACCAGGCAGCCUGAAGAGGAUGCAGUGCAGUUUGCCAAUCGAGUGAAGUCAGCCAUUGCCAGGCAGGGGGGCCUUGUGGAUCUGCUCUGGGAUGGAGGACUGAAGAGGGAGAAGGUGAAAGACGCAUUCAAGGAGGAGCAACAGAAACUCUACAGCAAAAUGAUUGUAGGCAGCCAUGAAGAUCGGAGCCGCUCCUGAGCCCGCUGCCUCCAGCACUGCUACUGGGGCUGGCUGGAGCCCUCUGCCUCCAGCCUGUCUGGAGCAACUCUGAGUCUUUGGACUUGGGCUACUCCAGAGCUGCUUGGACUCGCUCCUUCUUCCUCUGGCUGUUCUUUCCCAGAGGCACUGUUACUACCUGGAGUCUUUAGGCCCUGGGCAGCUCGUGGCAAAGAUGCCUUCUCGUUACUGUUACAGUGAAGCCCCUUGCAGGGGCAGUAUUAAAUGAAACACUUACGGUGU